UGUUUCUAGGCUAGCAUAGCAUAAUAUUAUAGACGUAACCACUUGUACACUUCUUUGUUCUUUAGUAAUUCAGUGUCAGUCUACCUCUACUAUAGUACUAUGUGGUACUACAUUAAGUACUAAACUACUAACUAGUAGUCGUAGUCAACUUACUACUUGGUGAGUUUCGUCCCCACCGUUAUUAUGUCUAACGAUAUUGUAUGUAUUGUGAGAAAAUAAGUGGGUCUCGUCUCUGGGUGCCGAGUAUAUUUCUUCUCAGUCCAUUAUAAUCUAGGCAAUUAUUGAAAUUCACUGAAACGAGACGACAACUGGAGUACUGGACCAUUCAAUUUYUGCUUGAAUCGUUUUCCGUAACGGUGAGUCCUACUAGGCAGUAACGAUGUGUUUGCUAUAAAUCUACUUACAUUUCGUUACCCGAUUGGAAUCUGUUUGAGAAAUGGGUUCCAAAAUCGAAUAUGUGGACUCCUCACAAAUGUACGCCACAAAUUAUGUGCGUAACUCCAAAGCGGUUGGCGUAUUGUGGGGUAUAUUUACAGUUUGCUACGCAAUAAUUGUAGCUGUGGCCUUCAUCACUCCAGAAUGGAUAGGCGACACUACAACAUCUGAAAAUCCUGCUCGGUUCGGUCUAUGGAGCAGCUGUUACUUCGGCAAUGGUGUGACGACUGCUGUUGAGGACUGUCAGGGAAAACUAGAAGACGUGUCCAAUAUACCAAGUAUAGCCAUAAGAGUGGCGGCUAUUUUUGGCAGUGUGUCAGUUUGCAUUGCUAUAAUWAUUGUGGUAAUGUUAUUGUUGUUCUUCUUAUUUCAAUCGACAACAGUUUACCUUAUUUGUGGAUGGCUACACAUUUUAUCAGCUGGGUGUCUGAUCGUGUCCAUUGUUGUUUUUCCAAUGGGGUGGGAUUCAUCACAUAUUCAAAAAACAUGUGGUCCAGAGGCUAAAAGCUAUAGUCUUGGUGACUGUAAUUUCCGUUGGGCAUAUUUAUUAGCAGUCAUUGCAAGUGUGGAUGCACUUAUUUUAUCAGCUUUGGCUUUUAUUUUAGCCACUAGGCAUAUAAAACUUCAACCAGAACCUUUAUAUGCAUCUACAUUGCGCAAAGGUGAGCUCAAUGGUGGGUAUUUAGGUGACAGUAGUGCAUCAAUGGCUGGUUCUAGGAAGUCAUUGAAUUUGCAACCAGUUAUGUUGAUGCCACAGCCAAUGAUGGACCAAGAUCGGUUUUCUGAAUUUUCGAAUAGGACGGGUCGCUCUCAUAAAGGUGCCAUGUACCGACCAGAGUAUGCUUCAUCUAGUAUUCAUAAUUUUCAACUCUGAAGAAUUUUUAGAAAAAAAUAUGAUACUUUAGUAUAAGKAAAAUAAAACAGGGUAAAACCAUUAUUACAUAUUUUUAUGUAUAAUAAAUUAUUAUUUUGAAAGAUUUUAGCGAUUAAAUAACAUUAUAAUGUUGAUAUGAAAGUAUUAACAUUGUUGAUAUAUAUAUAUUCAAAGUAUUAGAAUGGUGACUAUAUUUUUUUAAAUAUCAGAAUUUUAAAAUGUUGGCCAUAUCUGGACAUUAUAAAUUUUUAUUUUAUUUAUGUUUAAAAUGCAUAAGCAAUGCUUGAACGAAUUGCUUGCAAUUUACUUUUAAACUUUUCCAAUAAUUUUAACUAUUAUUAUGAAUCUCAUUAUUUUCAUUUGUUUGGUUGUUUAAACUAAUACUUGAAAU